AUACCUUGGUACCGCCGGGAUGGUAGGUCGUACCGUCGGAACGGUAGGCUAGCUACCGUCUCCACCAAAGAAUUCGUUCUCUUUGGCGAUACCUGAUGCCAAAUGGUACCCCGUACCGUUUGGGCGGUACCGAGGUACUGUACCACAGUAUCGAGAUGGCGAAGGGCAAGAAGAAGGAGCGUAGACCUUCACCUCCCACUCCUCCUUUAAAGAAAGACCUGUGUAACUUUCUUCGUGACUUGGAGGAUGAAUCUGGGGCUGGAGGUGACGCUGUGGAUUGUGCUGAGAAUUUGGAUUUUCCGGUCAUGACUGAGGACGAUUUUCUUCCUUGCUCUAAACCUGGUGAGGUCACGGUUGAAGACGUUGAGGAACGGGAUAUUGUGAACACUGUGGAUGCUGGAGUUGAUUCAUCUGAUGAGGAAAAGGGUGAACCUUCGGUUCAGUCCUCCUUUGAUACCUCAAUUGAUGAAGAGGAAGUUGCUAGGGCUCUCCAAAUCUCAUUGGAACAAAACCUGGAUGCCACUUUUACUGAUGAUGUUGAUAGUGCUAUCCACAAGGAACAUUUUUUGGGCAACGAGAAACCUCCUCACAUUACUCCUGAUACACCGUUGGAAAAACCCACCAUCAAUAAGGAGAAGGAGAAGGAAAAAGCGCCUCCUGAUGCUGGGAAAAGUGGAGACAAAUUGAAUGAAAACAAAGUGGAUAAGCCGGUUGAUGGAAAGAAAUCCUUCGCAUCCUUUUUCAAGAAAAACAGAGCUGAAAACAAAGGAAUGAAACUUCACAAGUGCAAGUUCCUGCCCCAUCACCAAGGAUGGGUUGUCUUCAAAUUUCUUUCUACUGAUGAUAGGGAUCAUGCAUUCUUAGAGGCCAAGAAGGAAAUUAACAAUAAGAAACUCCUUAUUAACAUCCCUCCUGAUGAUUUUAUGUGGGAUAUUAAGUCUUUCUCAACAAUGCCUGUCUGGGUUAAGCUUUGGAAUGUACCUAUGAGUCACACAGCUGCAUCCAAGUUGUCUGAUGAAGAUCAGGAAGAGAAUGAUGAGCUUAAAUACCAGAAGCCUAACUACUGCAGAAUGUUGAUAAACAUGGACCUAUCCCUUACACCUCCUACUUCUGUUGAGGUGGAAUUUGUUGGGGGUAGCUAUGUGCAAAAGGUGGAGUAUGAGGACAUGCCACAAUACUGUUAUCACUGUAAGUGUUUUGGCCAUGACCCCUUUAACUGCUCAGUUCUUCAUGAGAUCAACAAGAGAAGAUUCAAUGAAGAACAAAAAGCAAAAGAGAGGGCUAGGGUUGAAACCCUCAAAACCAUAAUGCUUACAGAAGCACAAGUAACAGCUGGAAAGCAACCACAACCACAGAAGGGAAAGGAUACUCGGAUAGAUGAUGUGAACAAUACUGCUGAAUACAAAGGAAAGGAAAAGGAUAAAUUAGGAGGUGUGGCCCAAAACCCAAAUGAUCCUGGCCCAUCCUUCACUGCCCACACUGAGGAUGAUGGCUUCACACAAGUAGGAGGUGGCAAGGGCAAGCUUACAACACACCCUAUCAAGGAUGGAAAGCAGAGAACUGGAUACAACAAAGGGGGAGGUCAGAAUGGAGGAUAUAGAGUUUUGGCUACUACAAAUCAAUGUAUUCACUGCAAGAUCAAAUGCCUUAUCUCCCAGAAGUGCUUUUUCAUCUCCUUUGUCUAUGCUUUGUAUUGUGUGACUGCUAGAAGAACUCUUUGGGAUUAUCUCACUGGCAUGGCUGAUAGCUUAACUGACCCUUGGGCUAUCAUGGGAGAUUUCAACUCAGUAAUUAGCUCUAGUGAAAGAGUUAACUGCCAGAGUCAAAGUGCCUAUUUUAUGAGUGAUUUGAGACAUUUCAGACUGCAUAAUGACCUGACAGAUUCUAAUUCAACUGGGUUGGAGUUUACUUGGAAUAAAGGUGAUAAGUGGGCUAAGCUUGAUAGAGUACUUGUGAACUAUGAAUGGGAUAAUCUGGAUUGGGAAUGUUGGGCUGAGUUCAGAGAUAUGGAGAUAGUGUCUGAUCACUGCCCUGUUUUACUAAAACUUCUACCCACCCAUUUUCAUGGAACUAAAUCUUUUAAAUUCUACAACAUGUGGACCAAGCAUGAUGAUUUUGAUAGAGUGGUCAGGCAGAUUUGGGACCAGAGAAUUGUUGGAACCAGACAGUAUAGACUUUGCACCAAGCUCAAGAAACUCAAGUACCCCCUGAAACAGCUGAAUAGACAUGAGUCUGGACAUAUUACCCAGAAGGCUGAGGAUGACAGAAAGAUGUAUAGCACCCAUAUGAAGAUGCUUAUUUUGGAUCCCAAUAAUCCAAUUCUGAUCAAAGAAAGUGAUAUCCUUAGGAAGAAGGCUAAUUUUUACUUGGAUGCAGAGAGAUUUUUUUUCCAGCAGAAAACCAAGUGUGACUUGGUCACUGAAGGGGAUAAAUGUACCAAACUUUUCCAUAAUCUCAUGAAGAAGAGGAAUACUAUUAAUGCCAUUCCCUUCCUUAUCCUUGAGGAUGACAGAGUGACCACUAGCCAGGAGGAGAUUGCAAGUGAAUUCAUACAGUACUUCACUCAGCUUUUUGGAAGAACUGUCCCCAUUCAACCUGUUGACUGGGAUGUUUUCCAAGAGGGCCCUACAAUUUCCCCAUCUGAUUGCAUAACUUUGACAAAGAAGAUUGAUAUUGCUGAGGUUAAAGAGGCUUUGUUCUCCAUUGAAGGCCAUUUACCUGUGAAGUACUUGGGUUUGCCUCUUACCUCCCAAAGGGCUUCUGAGAGAGAUUUUGCCUCUCUUGUUGAAAUGAUUGAUGAUAAUAUCAAAAGGUGGAACACUAAGACUUUGUCCAUGGCAGGAAGGGCUGAACUCAUCAGGACUGUGAUCCAAGGUAUUGAAGGAUUUUGGCUACAAGCCUUUCCCAUUCACAAGAUUGUGCUCAAUAGAAUCACCACACUCUGUAGAUCCUUCCUCUGGGGCAGCAAAUUCUUCAAGGAGGCAUGGGAUGAUAUUUGCAAGCCUAAGGAGGAAGGGGGCCUUGGUCUUAGAAACUCUGGUUACUGGAAUCAAGCUCUUAUGGCCAAAACUCUGUGGAAUAUUGCAUCUAGAAAGGAGACUCUUUGGGUGCAGUGGGUACAUGCAGUAUACUUGCAAGAUAGGGACAUCUGGACCUGGACCCCGAAAAAAGAGGACUCACACUUCUUUAAAAAGCUGGCAGAAAUCAGGGAUAUCCUCCUUUUUAAAAUUGGGCCAGGAACCACAGAUCAGAAUGGUAUGGACAUGAUCAUGGCUAAUGGAAAUAUUUGUACCUCCAAAGUUUAUGACCUCAUCAGAACUCAUGGAACAAAGAAGGCUUCCAUGAGGCUCAUAUGGCAGAGCUACAUUCCUCCUAGAUUCUCCUUCACUACCUGGCUUGCCUUAAGGAAAAGAUUGCCUACCAAAGUUAAUCUGAGUUUCAUACAUAUGGACAGCAGACAGUGCAGCCUCUGUGGUGAGGAGCUGGAAACAACUAAUCAUUUGUUCUUUGCUUGUGUGAUCUCAAAUGAUAUUUGGAAAGGGAUCAGGGAUUGGCUGCAUAUUCCCAAUGAACUGUCAACUAUUAAAAGAGCCAUUAAGUGGCUCCUGAGAAGGCAUGGUGUUCAUAGCAACAGAAGGAACAUGUGGAGAUUUGCUACUUUGAGCACCAUCCAUCACAUUUGGAAGAUGAGAAACCAAAUCUAUUUUGACAAUCAAGGGAUCAACUAUCUUGCUGUGAUUAAGAAGAUCAAAGUGGGAGUGUAUAAAAUCAUGUAUAGAUUGUACCCUCAUUCCACUAUUGCACUCUUGGAGAUGGAGCUCAUUUCUGUGUUGAGAAGUGGAGUUUGUUUGGUGUAUCUCCAAUGGAAUUGGAACUUGUCUACUUCACUACCUGUCUGUAGAAGAUAUGGCUUGUACCCCAUGCUUUUGAUAGCUGUUACACUCCUCGAAGGGACUUGGGCUUACUUGUCUGCAAUGGUUGUUUUGACAAUAGUUUGCUGCUUUGUGAGAUGUGGCUUUGAACCCUACGGUUUUGGCAUUCCUGUGUUAUAGAAGAACUGUAACACUCUUUGAAGGAAUUUGGGUAUACCUGUUUGCAAUGUUUGUUUUGACAAUAGCUCACUGCUGUGCCUUCACUG